AUGACUUACUGGGGAAGCCUCAUUGGGCUGGCUAGCUUGGCAGGAACUACUUCCGCUGCAGCCCUGGGGGCCUAUAAUGUCGACCCCAGCUCUGUAUCGGUAUCCGGCCUUUCCAGCGGUGGAUUCUUUUCAGCCCAGCUCGGCGUGGCAUAUUCGAAUGUCUUCCAGACUGGCUUUGGUGUGUUCGCAGGCGGUCCAUACGACUGCGCCCGCAACCAAGCGUAUACCAGCUGCAUGUAUAACCAGAACCCGUCUAUAACUACACCAAUUGCAAACAUGAAGUCGUGGAGUGGCAAUCAAAUUGCGCCAACUAGCAACUUGAAGAAUCGCAAAAUAUAUCUCUGGACUGGAACUUCGGAUACAACUGUGGGACAGAACGUGAUGAAUGCGCUGAAUUCCCAACUAAGCAACUUUGACACUUCGGCUGAUGUUUCAUACGUGACUACAAGCGGUGCUGUCCACACCUUCCCAACUGACUUUGAUGGCUCGGGUGACAACUCAUGCAGCAUGUCCAGUUCACCUUAUAUUAGUAACUGUAACUAUGAUGGCGCUGGAGCAGUACUGAAGUGGAUGUACGGCUCUCUCAACGCGAGAAAUACCGGGACCCUUUCAGGCUCUGUUGUUUCUUUCGCACAGACUGGUGCAUACGGCGCUUCUGGAAUGGACACCACCGGCUACCUCUAUGUUCCUGCUAGCUGUCAAAGUGGUACCACUGUCUGCAAGCUUCACGUUGCCUUGCAUGGAUGCCUACAAAGCUAUAGCAGUAUCCAGAUGAAGUUUGUUCAGAAUACGGGCUACAAUCAGUGGGCUGAUACCAAUAACAUCAUCAUACUUUACCCCCAGGCGAUUCCUGACAAUUCCCUGCAUACAAUUUGGAGCGGCACUCAACUGAGCAACCCGAAUGGCUGCUGGGAUUGGGUGGGUUGGUAUGGUUCGAAUGCAGACCAGAUUGGAGGAGUCCAAAUGGUGGCCAUUGUCAAUCAAGUUGCGCAGAUCAUGAGCGGUAACUCUGGUGGUGGUAGUACCCCCACCAGUAGUACCACAUUGGCCACGACCACGAAGCCCACAUCUACGACAACGUCUUCGGGCAGCACUGGGACAGGUGCGCCUCUCUAUGGGCAGUGCGGUGGAUAUGGCUGGACUGGACCUACAACAUGUGCCCAAGGAGUUUGCACUGCCUACAGUAUGUUGUAUGCUCAGUGCUUGUUACCUUUAUAG